AUGGGUUCGAAGGCUCUUGUAUCUGCCACGCCAUAUGUCUACAAGUCGUUACCAAAUCGACGUCACAUACGACUUUUGAAAAUCUCGUACUGCGCGGCGGAUGAGGAACAUCAUUCACGGCCCUUGUACAGCCUCAACUCUGUAGAACUGCCUCCCGGCGACACACAGCUCGACUUUGAAGCAAUUUCAUAUGCGUGGGGCAUAUCAGACCGUCUUUUCAGUGUUCCUAUCGACAAUGGAGUCGGACAUAUUGGUCUCACAGCCAACCUGGCAGAAGCUCUGCCCCACAUCAUCAAACAUUCGGCCACAAAGUGCCUGUGGAUCGAUCAGCUAUGUAUCAAUCAAGAAGAUGGCACCGAGAAGUCCAUUCAAUUAGGACUCAUGUCCGAGAUCUACAAAAGAGCUACUCGUACAAUUGUCUGGCUGGGCCAAGAGGACGAAAACAGCCGACUCUGCAAGCAAUGGCUUGAAGCUGUCGAUGAGCUGAUACCGAAACUCAAUUUGAAGAAGCUAGUGAAGAUCGGGAGUCCAGAAUAUGACUCUAAUAUCCGGAAAGUAGUACUCAUGGAUACUUUCACGAGCUCUGACGCAAGCUCCGCCUGGAUUCCUGCGAUUGGUAGAUUUUGGAGUCGACCGUGGUUUCGAAGGGGAUGGGUGGUGCAGGAAAUGAUACUUGCGAGGGAGUUGUUGUAUCUGACUGGUGAUAUCGUGUUCAGUUUGCAAGAUCUCGAAGAUCUGUUCACUACGCCUAUGGAUAGGUUCAAAGAAUAUCCAGAUCUCAAGGCUGAUAUCGAUAAUGGCAUCUUGAGUUAUCGAGUACUAAUGCAGCUCAAGACAGAUCCUUUCACGACCACGCCGGAGCCACGCCUCAUCGAAGGACUUGACUUUGUUCCAGACUAUAACUCGUCUAUAAAGGAGAAUUUCACCCGCUUCGCAACUACCAUUGCCCGCCAAUAUGGCUCCCUCGACUUCCUUUCCCUCUGGUCCGCAAACCUAGACCCCCGCCUUCCAAACACACACCCCGAUUUUCUCGACUUUCCUUCCUGGGUCCCCUCAUUCACCGCAACACCCCUUUGUGCACCCUGGCGUCUCGCAGUCGGAGGCGUACGCUCAUGGGGCACGAAUAUAAGUUGGAACGCAGCAGCCGGGCGUCUUCACAACCACAACGCAACUCCAUACACACCGACGACCAAACGUCUCCAUGUUCGCGGCCAAAUCAUCGAUCACAUCUCCUUCCUAAGCACUACUCGCUUUGCAAAGUGGUUCGACGUGGACACUUCUUAUCUCGUGUCUCUUACCUCGCAGCUCCAAUCUGACAUCCCAGGCCUCGACCGCUGGACCUACAUUGACCUCAUCCACUUUCUCAACACCGCAGCUUCAAACGGAACCGCCCCUCGAGAAACCGCAGAGCAGAUCCUCGGUCUCGCACCCGCUGUGCUCCCGGAUUCCGAGCGGCAUUUGCUUUUGCACGAGAAUGCGGUCGGUGCGUGUUUGAUGAUGGGGCGUGGGCGUAAGUUUAUGAGGACGGAGGGGGGGAGAUUGGGUUUGGCGCCUUGGAUGGAUUCGAGGGCCAGGGUUGGUACGGAGAUUGGCAGUGUGAUUGUGGUUUUGCACGGGUGUUGUGUGCCGAUUAUUCUAGAGCGGGUUGUCGAAGAUGACGAUGAUGAAGACAAUAAGGAUGAUAAAAGAGGAGAGGGAAAGCAGGGGCAGUGGAAGGUGAUUGGCGAUUGCUACAUCGAGGGCGUGAUGUUUGGAGAGGAUGUCAUGUGGGAAGAAGAGGAUGCAAAGGAAUUUAUACUUAUUUGA